AUGGAGGAAGUGCAGGGAUCAGAGUUAAAGGCGGAAGGGGAGAUCUUGCCGGGCAGCGCAGAAGUCAUGGCCUCACUGACCACCGACGAAGCUGCAGCGUUCAAGAAAUUUGUAGAAAGAUGCGAAAGCGUGCACAUGCACCUAUUGAGUUGGCCUGCCGACCUGGACAAGAACGAAACCAGAUCAGGAAUCAACGAUGCGUCUACUCUUCUACGUUUUCUCCGCGCCCGCCAAUUCGACGUCGAAGGGGCAUACACGCAAUUCAAAGAAGCAAUCAACCUCCGCAUCUCGACAAACAUCAUAAAAGGCUACGAUGAAAUCGAUAUCCACAACUUCGAUGAAGCCCGGAAAUUAUACCCGCACUGGACGGGCCGAUUCUCCAAGCGUCGCCUACCAAUCUGCUUCUUCGACAUAGCACAUCUAAACGGUGAGACUUUAGCCAAAUACAAUGCGCCUAACCAAGGCCGAGAAGAAGGCGUAGGCACCAAGCACACACUAGCAGUGCACGACUUUCUGACGCGCUUCGUACUACCUCUGGCCGACGAAGUCAAAGGCGACACGAAGGAUGGCCCAGUGAUCAAUUGCUUAUACCUUAUAGAUGCUUCCUCACUGGGAAUCAAGCAGGCCUGGGGCGUGAAGAAGUAUGCGCAAGAGACCAGUGGGAUACUUGCAGGGUCGUAUCCGGAGGUGUUGAGUCGUGUGUUUGUCAUCAAUGCACCUGCCUUCUUCCCCGCUGCGUGGAAGUGGAUCAAGCCUUGGAUCGAGGCUGGUACCGCGGAGAAACUGGUCUUCUUGUCGGCUGACGAGGUUAUGCCUACAUUGAAGGAGCAUAUUGACAUCGAUAGCAUACCCAAAAGAUGGGGCGGAGAACUCGAGUGGAGCCAUGGUAUGCUGCCAGAUUUGAGAAAGGAGGUCAAAGAGAAGCUGGGAUGGAGUGAGGCGCAGGAGUUCCCAGUGGGGCCUGUAAAGUGGAGGAACGAGGGUGACGGGUUAGUUGCGUGUUUGUCAGGAGGCGAUAAUGGCACACUGAGGAGUGGAAAGGUGGCAGAUGGCAAGGGACGCAUAUCAAAGGCUACGGUGAUGAAUGGUGAAAAGACAGAUGGGCCGACACCAUAG